CGCAGAUAGGCUCGGAAAACGCGUGGGAGGGCACCGUACGGGCUAUGGACGCCAUAGGCAGCGAAAAUCGACGUUUUUGAGCUGCGAGAGAGCUCUGGAUGGCUGCUGGAUGGGGUGGAGGGUCCUGGGACCGUCAAUUUUUCGUUUACACCCAGCUUCGGUCUUGGUGGCGAUGCGUCCUUCCCUCCCGCCAAAAAAACGCACUGCAUGCUGAUGUGCUGCAGAUUGACGGUCCUCGGAUUUACAGUCCCGGCUGGCUGCUAUACCAUACAUGGUACUGCCACCGCUUAUGUAUGCACACAUACGCUACUAGUACUACAUCCUCAUCGUCAUGGGCAUCAACGACCUGUGGGAGGCACAUUCCCACUGUUCACUCGGCAGGUGCUGAAACUCACCCCAUCAUUUGUCAGGUGCUCGAGCCUGCCGCAACGACGGUGCCCCUCAUCUCUCUCGCCAUCCGGGGCUGAUAUGAGGGACCUGCCCCUCACUCGCCUUAUAUUGUAGGCGUGGAUGCAAGUGCGUGGUUCGAACAAUGCCAGCAGGGCAGGUGGCACCGUGCACAUGCUCAGACAGGCCAGAAUCCCGCCCUUCGAACAUUUUUGAAAUCAAAUGGGGCCACAGAGUGUCUACCAA